AUCAUAUAUUCUAUUCAUGGCGUGACCGUGAGACCUCCUUCGGAUAAUAUUUAGGAGUCGGGACGCAGUAUUUUCUCGUGACCGUGAGACCUCCUUCCACACUCGGCGCGCUUUGGAAUUUGGCGGAAGGAGUCGGCGCGCUUCGGAAUCUGGCGGAAGGAACCGACUAAGAUCACCGGCGACCACGUGGUUUUCGUUCGCGUUUUUUUUCCCUUUCUUGUGCACGAUGAAGAUCACCGCAAUUAUCCUCCUCAAGUGCUCUGGCAUCGGCGAUUCUUCUUCCUCUGGUUCGGUGGAGCCAGUGGUUCUGGCGAACGCCACUGAUGUAAGCCACUUUGGAUAUUUUCAGAGGACCGCUGCCAAAGAAUUUGUAGUAUUCGUCGGCCGCACUGUAGCCAAGAGGACACCACCGAGCCAGCGGCAGUCCGUUCAACACGAAGAAUACAAGGUUCACUCUUACAAUAGAAAUGGGCUUUGUGCCGUUGCAUUUAUGGAUGAUCAUUACCCUGUACGAAGUGCAUUUUCUCUCCUAAACACUGUGCUAGAUGAGUACCAGAAGGCAUUUGGGGAAUCAUGGAUACAAAUUCAGACAGAUGUCACCCAGCCGUGGCCAUACCUGAAUGAGGCUUUAACAAAAUUUCAGGAUCCUGCUGAGGCUGACAAGUUGCUGAAAAUUCAAAGAGACUUGGAUGAGACCAAGAUCAUUCUGCAUCAAACCAUUGACAGUGUGCUGGCUAGGGGCGAAAAGUUAGAUAGCCUGGUGGAAAAGAGUUCAGAUCUGAGUGCAGCUUCCCAGAUGUUCUACAAACAGGCUAAGAAAACCAACCAAUGCUGUACAGUACUCUAACACAUUUGCAAAUUCAAUUU